UUUGGUAUCUAUUCCUGUUUGGACAUACCUGAGCGGUCUUAUCGUGUCUUAACUAAUGAAUUACGAAAAUUGGGUCACCAGCAGUUUGUGAUGGCAACAACGGACUUUAGCUAUAGUGGGGUUCACACUGACCAAGUUGCUACAGCAGACACUCACAGUUUACAGGACAUCCAGCAGCCUGUUUUCUCCAUCAAGGUCUUCAUCCAGAGAGAUUACAGCUCGGGAACUCUCUGCAAGUUCCAGAACAAGUUCCCCACAGAACUCGAAAACAGGAUGGAUAAACAACACUUUGAGGAGACCAUCCAGACUUUAAACAAUCUAUAUGCUGAAGCAGAGAAACUUGGGGGGAAAUCCUACGUGGAGGGCUGCCUCGCCUGCCUCACUGCCUACACCAUAUUCCUCUGUAUGGAGACACAGUAUGAAAAAGUGUUAAGGAAGGUCGCCAGAUACGUUAAGGACCAGAAUGAGAAGAUCUACAUUCCCAGGGGCUUGCUGCUGACUGACCCCAUUGAGCGAGGCCUCAGAGUCAUUGAAAUCACAAUUUAUGAAGACAGAACUUUUGUCCCAACAAGAUAAGUCCAUGACUGGUGACGGACUGCUCACGUGCCCAAACAUGCGCUCAGCUCUGCUUCUCUUGUAUUGUAUAUAAUGAUUUCCUGCUCUAUUUUUAUUUAUAUACUGUAUACUCCAUCGACUGCCUCUUUUUCUUUCUACACGUGGAGACUCUUGGUAUAAAGAAAGUGAUGUAAAAAAAAAAAGAAGCUGAUCAAGACUGGGCCUUUCAAAUAGUGCCAUUGUUAAAUGUUAAUCGUGCUAUUCCUUGAAUAGUUAGACCAGUGUUUUGUCUAAUAUCUAGUUGGUCACAGUUGCUGUAAAAUCAGAUGUGUGAAUAAGUAGUUUAUAAUUGCGGACUGUGUUAACGGUAGUGUUUCACAGUAUUCAUUCUUAAUUUUUAAGGUUGAGAUUUUUGUGAAUCCUAAAUUGGUAUUUUUACAGUUUUAUAAUAAGACCACUGUAAUUAUGACUCUUAAGUUGUAUGAGGCCAUUUUUGUGAAUGUUUGUUUUGUACGCUCACCACAGAACACUCCACAUUCCACACAUAGUUAAUAUUGUGGGCUUAAACCUUUCUUAUAAACCACAUUUGAAUCAGGGUUUCCUCAAACUUCUGCAGCUCAAGACACAGCAUAAAACUUGAUUCCUCCCGAGGAAACUUGCUUCCUCCCGAGGAACCAAGUUUUAAAAAUGACAUACCCGACAUAGAAAUUAAUAAUGAAAACGGCACCUGAGAUGACAUGAAUACAAAAAAUGUACCUGCUUCUUUAUCAAUGGACUCCCAUUUUACUUUUGGUGACCUCAAAUAAAAAUUGGUGUGGCACCAAAAGUAGAGAUUUUUUUUGGGGGGGGGACCUUUAAGUAAAUUGCCUUUCCUCUCGACCCUCAUGUCACUUCUGGUGAAGGAAGUGUUUAUUGAAUGAUCCUUUAAUAAAUUAAAUGUAUACGUAGUUACCAUUUUAAUUGUGUGUUCUAUUUUGAGUUAGGCUUUUACCCCUGGCAAAUUUGGACUUGGUUGCUUUUUUUUCAACCCUCAAGUUAUCUUGUGGAGAAGUGAGAGGAGUUAUGGACAACAGGCAUCAUUGUGGAAAAAAUACUUACCAGCUUUUAUGUAAAUUUGAACAAAUAGUACUAUGUCCAAAAUUCAUUCCCUUUGCAAAUGGUCCAAGUCUAUGGGAUAAUCCAAUGGGCUCUACCAAAAUGUCAAACUCAAGGCCCGUGGGCCAAAUCACAGUAACCUAAAUUGAGCAAAUUAUUACCCUUGACUUCUGAUUCCAUCCAUCCAUUUUCUUAGCCGCUUAUCCUCACAAGGGGAGCGGGGAGUGCUGGAGCCUGUCCCAGCUGUCAACGGGCAGGAGGCAGGGUACACCCUGAACUGGUUGGCAGCCUAUCGCAGGGCACAUGGAGGCAAACAGCCGCACUCACAAUCACACCUAGGGGCAAUUUAGAGUGUCCAAUUAAUUUUGCAUAUUUUGGGGUGUGGGAGAAAACUCACGCAGGCAUGGGGAGAACAUGCAAACUCCAUACAGGCAUCUAACCCUCAACCUCAGAACUGUGAGGCCCCUUCUUUCCAGCUGAUUCAUGUUGUCGCUACUUCUGAUUCCAAAAGUAGGAAUCCUGCAAUGUAUGUAUAGUAUUAUGAGUUGACUAAACAGUUAUAUGGUUUCACAGUCAACAGUCCUCUGUGGAAAAACGUGACUACAUUAUGGGCUGUGACAAAAAAAACCGAGUUUGACAUACUGUACCUGGUUUACCCCCCAAGUACUCCGAGCUGUUGUAAAGCAAAUCACAGUCAAGGUGGUAUGGCAGUGGAUUGAAGGCGAAAAGCAAUUGUGAAAAUGAGAUUAAAGGUGGGAAAAG